GACGGAGCACCGCGCGGAAGGGACGAGAGGCGGAGGGCGGGGGAGAAGGGGGGUCACAGAAGAGGACAAUGCAAAAAAAAAAAAAAAAAUGGCAAGCCGGCACAAGCUUGCCGCGCUUUAGACCUUUCGCCCACUUUUCUCUUUUCCACGCUUUUCACUUCCCCCUUUUCUUCCCCCUGACCCCUAACGCUGCUGCUCAAGGUAACUUAGAGCAGGAAGUUGGCCAUCAACGCAGAGAGGGCGGGCCGAAAAGGGGGAAUGACGGAUGUGCUCGGCCAGCCAAUGACGGCGCGGAGCCUCGCGCCGUCAUUGGCCGAGAGGCGGGGCCGGGGUAUCAAGUAGCAGGCUAGAUUGAUUGCUGGGCUAACGUUAAAGGCAAAGUGGUUCGAGUCAGGAGUCGGACUGACCGCGCUCAAGAACCCUGCUUUUUUUCUUUUCUUUUGAACCGGGGGUCUUCAAAGACUAAUGGGGAGGGGGCUCAGAGAAAGAUUAAAGGAGAGAGUUUUGUUUAAACCCCGCGGCGAAGCGAGAGUGCAUUUUCGGAAGGAAGUUCUGACUGCAAGGAGACUCAGACAGCGUCCUGUACCCCCCCCUUCUCUCCCUCCUCCAUCAGCACGGGACGGACCAUCCACCAUGAAGGGCACGGGGAUUUAUAGAUCAUGUCCGCCGAUUCGUUUGGCGCAGGCGGCAGCGAUGCCCAGCAGACGCUUCAGUCUUUCUGGCCUCGCGUCAUGGAGGAGAUCCGGAACCUGACUGUGAAGGACUUUCGCGUGCAGGAGUUGCCUCUAGCUCGAAUCAAGAAAAUCAUGAAGCUCGAUGAAGACGUGAAGAUGAUCAGCGCCGAGGCUCCCGUUUUGUUCGCCAAGGCGGCGCAGAUCUUCAUCACGGAGCUCACCCUCCGAGCAUGGAUCCACACGGAGGAUAACAAGCGGCGCACGCUACAGCGGAACGACAUUGCCAUGGCAAUAACCAAGUUUGACCAAUUUGACUUCCUCAUCGACAUUGUCCCAAGAGACGACCUGAAGCCCCCGAAACGACAGGAGGAGCUGCGUCAGACGGUGGCCCCGGCGGAGCCGGUGCAGUACUACUUCACCCUAGCGCAGCAGCCCGGCGCCGUUCAGGUGCAGGGUGCGCAGCAAGGCCAGCAGCCCGCCGCGCAAACGGCCACCACUAUCCAACCCGGGCAGAUCAUCAUCGCGCAACCGCAGCAAGGACAGAUGCUUCAAGGUGCCACCAUGCAGCAGUUACAGCAAGUGCAGGUGCAAUCACAGGGCACGCCCAUCACGAGCGCACCCGUGGCCAUGCAGGUGGGCGACCAGCAGGUGCAGAUCGUCCAGGCGGCCGGAGGGCAAACGCAGACGGGCCAGGCCCAGGGCCAGACCAUGCAGGUCAUGCAGCAGAUCAUCACCAACACAGGAGAGAUCCAGCAAAUUCCGGUGCAACUAAAUACAGGCCAGCUGCAGUACAUCCGCCUGGCCCAACCCGUGUCAGGUGCGCAAGUGGUGCAAGGACAGAUUCAGACCCUACCCAACACCCAGCAGAUCACGCAGACAGAAGUGCAACCAGGGCAGCAACAGUUCAAUCAGUUCACUGACGGACAGCAGCUGUAUCAGAUUCAGCAGGUGACGGUGCCGGCGGGUCAGGAUCUGAGCCAGCCCAUGUUCAUUCAGUCCACCAGCCAAACGGGAGAAACGCAGGUCACUCAAGUCACCAGUGACUGAGCCCGACUUCCGCCCGAUCCUCUCUU